AUUGACCCAUGAGUGCAGGGUCAGAACGGACGGGGUGGCAGCGAGUUAAUCGGGUGGUUGUGUGUCCGCUAUCCUAGCUCUGGGACGUGCGCUUUUUCUGAUACACUAUAGCGGAGAUGGUGGCGGUGACGCCGGCGGGCUCGGCCAAAGUCCUGCUGAUCCCGGGAGGGAAGCAGAAGGGCCUGGAGGUCAGCCGGCAUGUGUCGGUGGUGUACCCCGGCCAGGGCGGCUCGCUGCAUGAUCCUUCCCCGGCAUCUGCCGGCCACACUCACCGCAAGAGGCAGCGGCUGACCCACCUGAGCCCGGAGGAGAAGGCGCUGCGGAGGAAGCUGAAAAACCGAGUGGCAGCGCAGACGGCCCGGGACAGGAAGAAAGCUCGCAUGUCGGAACUGGAGGAGCAGGUGUCCGAGAUGGAGUCGGAGAAUCAAAAACUGCAAAUUGAGAAUAGACUUCUGCACGAGAAGACCCACAGCCUACUGUCGGAAAACCAGGAACUGCGCCAGAGACUGGGGAUGGAAGUUCUAGAUACAGAAAAGGAGAAGGUACUUCUACAGGCCAAGGUGGAUGAAAUCAGCCUGGCAACCGGGUCGGCUGAGUCCGCAGCACUCAGACUACGUGUGCCUCUGCAGCAGGUGCAGGCCCAGUUGUCUGCCAGGUUGACUCCUUCCACAUGGAUACUGACAGCAUUGACUCUUCAGACUCUGAGUCUGAUCUCUUCUUGGGCAUUCUGGACUACUUUGACCCAGAAACCUUGCUCCGACUUACUGAAGAGGGGUCCAGACCCUUUGAGCUGGGAGAGUGUGCCUACAAUGAAAACAUUGGUUCCUUACCAGCCUCCACCUCUAUGCCUCUGGGGGCCCCAUCAACAAAGCUGGAAGCCAUUAAUGAAAUGAUACACUUUGACCAUUUCUAUCACAAGCCGCUGGCUGAGGCCAGUCUAGUCCAGAGUGGUGAAACUGCCAUCAAAAUUGAGCAAGUAUCUUUUGGUAGUACCAAUGAAGUAAUUGCAGAAGCCUCUUUACAAAGGGAACUCAAAGAGGAACCCUUGGAAGAUGAGUUUAUCACUGAACUGCAACUUGGAAACAACCUUGCAUCCAGGCAAUGUCAAGAAAAGCCCAUGUGCCCCUUAGAUUAUUGUGAUUCUGACUAUGAAGGAUCCUCAUCCCCUCUGAGUGACAUGUCCUCCCCACUAACUCUGGGCAACAGCUGGGAGGACACUUUCACCAGUGAACUUUUUCCCCAAUUAAUUGCAGUCUAAUGAUGAAUGGUUUCUAAAACUUUGUUCAGCUGGAGCUGUAUUUAGUCUGAGUUCAAGGCAUGUUGCUUGUUAUGCCAAGGAUAUAGCUGGCAAGCUGCCUUGUGUGCACCAUUGAGCCCUUUUUAGCAUGUAACAAUAAAACUCAAUUCUUUGUAUAGGUGUUUGUCUUUUGGCCAAAUAUGGAUUCUCAUGUAACCUUUUGACCAUCACCUCCAAAUAGAUGUUUUAAUGGCCACCUAAACUGGGUCUCAUUGGAAAUUCAUUGAUAUAAGAACUUGCAUUAUUUGCUAUCCUUGUAUACCUGGUAUAUGAAUAACAGGUGUAGAUGUUUAGUGAUCUUUGCUUUUUGUGUCUAAAAUUUUAUCUAUUAAAAUAGUACCAGAACACCACAGUGUGGAUGGUUCAUUUCCCUUAGUUUUCCUCCUUGCAAUAUAGUAUUUGCAUGUAUACAGAUGCAUACUAAAUACUCUGCUGUAAUUUACUAUGUAAAUGCAUAAGUCUGAUUUUCACUUUUGUCAUGGCCUGGAUGUAAUUAAAGAUGCUUUCUCAAUUUUAAUAUUUAAACUUGUGCAAUUAAAAAAAAAUGUGCAAUGGA